AGUCAUUCACGUGCGUUGCCUACACCUAUCGGUAGGUAGGUAGGUAGGUAGGUAGGUAGGUAGGUAGGUAGGUAGGUAGUUAGGUAUAUAUAAACCUGCCUAACGUCCAAGAAAUUGCCCAGUCGUGCUUCGUUUCUCUCCACGGAAUCCAAACCAACGACGGAUUCCACCACAUCCAUUUUAUUGGACUAUUUCGUUGCAAUCAUAGUUCUGUGUUAUAUAUUUUUUGGUUAAAUUCACUUUUUAACAUUACAACAUAAUAUUUGUCUCUUUGUUUUAUAUUUAAAACAAAAUAUUUUUUUCUCUUUUCUCUUAUUUGAAUUUUGGAAAAGCUUUUAUUGUUCUUUUGUAUUUUAAAUCCUAAAACUUUGUAACUGAUAAUUAAAGAUGAUAUUGGUCGAGUAUUAUUAAUGGAAGAUGAUAAAGUUCGAAAAUUAGAUCAGAGGUCACACGUGAUACACCUGUUGCAUCAAAGAGGAUUUACGUUUUGUGAUCCUUCCCACCAAGUUUACUACUACUACUACUACUACCACUACUACUAUUACUACUACUGUUGCUGCUGUGUGAAAGAAACGGUGACUCUGUUACGUCGUAACUGCAUCAACGGUGCUUUCUCCUGUGCGUCAUCGUGAACGAGCAAAAGAACAUUGCCCCGUUUUGUUCACAACCCUCAUUUCGAAAGAUCGAUUUAAAAAGAAGAAGAAGAAGAAGAAGAAAUAAGAUAGAAAGAAAAAACAAGAAAAAAUGGAGGGAAAUUUGAUGAAAUAAAUUAUGACCACCACGUGACAGAUUAAUCAACGAUCAAUUAAAUAUUGUCAAUUGAAAAAAUCAUUUCAUUAACGAUCCUGUAUCUUUCAACACGGUUUAUUAUUAUUUUCUCAACCAUCUAUCGAAGAAAAUAUUAAUUAAUAUAAUUUGCUACUACGUCUGUGAUAUAAAAAAUAACAAACAACAUGGGUAAAAUAGAAAAAGAAGCAGAAUCGAGCGGUGAAAUGAUGAAAGAUUUUAACAGCAGCACGAAGAUCGCUGCGAUCUCGAUCGGCGAUUACAACGAGAAGGAUGAAUUUUACGAUCCCUUCGAACAUAGAGACAAAAAACAUACCAAUUCUGACUUUGGAUCGUUAGCCCACCUUUUGAAAUCAUCCCUCGGUACUGGUAUUUUAGCGAUGCCUAACGCUAUUAGAAACGGUGGUCUCGUAAUCGGUUCAUUUGGGACCAUAAUCAUUGGUAUCAUUUGUGCUCAUUGCGUACACAUACUCGUCCGUUCCUCUCACAUACUUUGUAAACGUACAAGAACACCAAAGAUGACGUAUGCCGAGACAGCCUAUGCUGCUUUUUUGUGUGGACCUAAACCUUUAAGACCUUGGGCGAAUGUCAGCAAAAUAUUCGUAAAUACAGCACUGUCUGCGACUUAUAUAGGCGGUGCCUGUGUUUAUGUUGUUUUCAUUGCCACUACGAUUCAUCAGAUUGCCGAGCAUUAUAAUGGAAUUAACACGAUAAACAAAGUUUCCGUAAUGUUAGCAUUGAUACCAGCAGUUAUAUUAUUAGGACAAGUCAGAAAUCUUAAGUAUAUGGUACCUUUCUCGAUGGUUGCCAACAUCAGUAUGUUUGUCGGUUUCACGAUGACUCUUUAUUAUAUCUUCAAGGACAUCAAACCUAUCGAUAAAGUCAACAUGUUCCCGGAAAUUCAACAAUUACCGAUAUUCUUUGCUACUGUCGUAUUUGCCAUUGAAGGAAUCGGUGUCGUAAUGCCAGUGGAAAAUAACAUGGAAAAACCGCAACAUUUUCUUGGGUGUCCCAGUGUACUCAACAUAACAAUGUCCAUAGUCGUCACCCUUUACGCAGUCAUUGGUAUCUUUGGUUAUCUGGCUUAUGGGGAGUACACCGAAGCUUCUGUCACGUUAAACAUUCCAGUGGAAGAUAUUAUGGGUCAAGUGGUGAAACUGUUAAUCGGUUUGGCUGUUUUAUUCACAUACGGGUUACAACUUUUUGUACCAUUGGAUAUAAUAUGGAACGCAAUAAAGACGAAAUUUAGUCACAAGUAUGAAGCGAUUGGUGAAAUCACUUUAAGGACAUUUGUCGCUUUACUGACAGUUGGAAUAGCUGUAAGCGUGCAAGAAUUGGAACCAUUUAUAUCAUUGGUAGGUGCAAUAUUCUUUUCCAUCUUGGGAAUCAGUAUACCUGUGAUAGUUGAAACUAUUUCAUGCUGGGACGGUCAUUUGGGUGCGUUCAAAUGGAGACUCAUAAAAAAUAGUUUAUUAUUCAUUUUUUCGAUGAUGGCAUUGGGAUUUGGUUCGUGGAUAUCCAUCAAGCAAAUAAUUCAAGUUUACAAAAAGUAAUUAUCUACAUUUGUAACAAUGAUAAAUUUCUUACUAUCUUUUUUUUAUUUGUUUUUUUUUUGCGACGUGACAUUACUUGCCAUAUGAAAAACGUGUCUUGUACAAAAAUAAUUCAAGGAAAACUGUAGAUGAUAGGAGAAAAUUUUCGAAGGUGAUAACGAAAGAGAAAAAAAGAAAAAAAAUACGGAAAAAUGCGACAUGUAUUAAAUUAUGUCGAGACUUAGUUACGUUUAUCAUAUUUUAUUAAUUCUCGCUAUAUAAACCAUUUACGUCAGAGAUAAUCUCUAUUUGUCAAUCAUUAGUGCCGACUGUAACAGAAAACGUUUAUAUUAGUUUAAUGAUAAUAAUUUGUCUUUUUAUUUUUUUUCCUAUUUUUUUUUUGCUUCGUUCUUUUUGUAGAUAUGUAUAUUUUAUAAAUAUUAUAUUUUUAUUUAAUGUUUAUUAAUAAUAUUGAUAUGAAGGUUGAAUCGUGUUAGUCACAAAAAAUUAAUCAAAAUUGGAUUUCUAAAACUUAUUUUUGUUA